AGAACCUGUCCGUGGUUGUUUGUUUGUAAACAUAUAAUUGGCCACCAAUUGUGUAAACAGACGUUCUUUAGUCAUGUGAGAUCGGUGUCAAAUUUAGUGAAAUUUUAUAAUGACUUUAUUAGAAGUGUGAAAAAUCUCUGUCAAUACAUUGAUUUGCAAUGCCUGAGAAAGUAGUUAUGCGUUUUUGAAAUUGUCCACCACGUAUAUGACUCAGAUUUCAAAUAUGAAGUACGAAGUGAUAUAUAAAUAUUGACUUUUAAAGCCGUUGGAACUGUAAAGAUACCAUCUGGGCCUGGCAACUUGAGCAGUUGAAACAUUCCCACCACCCUCUGGAUUUUUUAUCCUUUGGCUAACGGAACUUGCUUUUAUGCAAGAAACUGCCGAAUGCUUCUGACUGCUGCAAUGAUUUUAAAGUAAAUAACAUUAACAAGUUCGUUGGUGUGGUCAAAACUACACUGACUCAUUGCAUUUUAUAUUUCAUACAGUAGUCAAUUAAGACAACUUAAACUGUGGAAACAAUGAGCAGUAUAAAAACAACAUUGAAAAGAAGCAGACAUUGACUUGAUUUUAGUUUCUGUAAUAUAAUCAUAGAGUGUCAUAGAAUGCUUAUAUUUGUAUCUCUUGACUUAUGCUCUCUGUUUAAAAAUAGUCGAAACAUUGGAGUUUACAGUACAUCAUGUGAUCACAUAACGGCUAUACAGUUCCGUUCAAAACAUCUGCCUUACACUUAGGAAAAAAAUAACUUUUGCUUAUAGUUAUCUCCUAGACAGUAUACACAAAAAUGCCUCACUAAAACAUUUCAACUUCAUUCAGCACAUUCAUUUGUAGUGAUAUAUUUUAUAGUUCUAAAAUGGCUGGUCCUUUUAAGAAAGGUGACAAAGUUUUUGCAAAGGUUCGUGGGUAUCCACCUUGGCCUGCCCAUGUCCAGUGUUUAGCAGAAGCAACAAAUAAUAAGUUAAAAUAUCAUGUAAUAUUUUAUGGGACCUAUGAGACAGCGGUCUGCAAGGCUGAAGACAUGUUUCCAUAUGUUGAAAAUAAAGAACGAUUUGGAAGACCAUUGAAGAGGAAGGGUUUUAAUGAGGCAUUAGCGCAGAUAGAGAAUGGAGUUAAUGAUAAGCUCUUUGAAACAAAAUGUAAUGAAGACAGCGAGUCAGACUGGGAGUCGGAUUUCAACCAAACCUCUCCUGAAUCACAAAGGGCAUCCAAAAGUUCUGAACAAACUGAAGGAAAUUCUGUUAACCAGCGAAGCUCAAAGAUUUUGAAGUCUGCUGAUAAAUUAAAUAGUAAAAAAUCUCUAAAUGAAUCUACAUCACCUUUGUCUCAGGGUGAAGCACAAAGAGUGAGUCGCUCUGGACGAAAAAUAAAGCCCAAAAAGUUUGCUGAUGAUGAAAUAACGGGGACAGGUAUUAAUAUAGACAACAGUGAACACAGUGUUCGAGCCAUAGGUGGUUCCUAUGAUCAAAACAAGAGUAAUGUGUUACCAAAUAAUUAUACAUUAUCUAAUACUGUUAGUGAAGACAAUGCUGCAGGCAGUGAAGAUGAUCAGGUGGAUUUUUGCAGAACAGGCAGAUCUCACCAAUUUCCAGUGUCUCAUAAGAGGAAGUCCUCUUUGCAGACUGGAACUGCAGAAGGAGAUAACACAAUAUUUAAGCCACAUGUCGAACUUUCUGAACCACCUGUACAGAAUGCUUUGCCAUCAAUUGGAACUACUCGACUGACUAAAAUAAAACAAUUGCAAACUGUGAGUCAACUGUUAUGCUUAGAUGCUCUCAUAAAAGCAUCUACUUGUUGUUCAAAAGCCAAGCUUGAAAACUGUGUUAAAUAUUUAACUGAACUGGCAAACUUGCCAGUAGACUGCAACACAUUGAAAAGGUGUCCCCAGAUUGUAGUUACAGUAAGGAAGCUGACUAAAUACUUAGGAAACACUACCAACUUAGAGACACCUGUUUCUGAGGGGGGAAAAGCAACAGAAAAAAUAUUUCUUAUUCAGUGUAAAUCUCAGCAAAUAUAUAACAAGUACAAAGCAAUGUUUACUAAUUUUGAAAAAGAUGUAUCUUCUUCAACAUACUUAAAUAAUGUAGAUUAUUCUCAUAGACAUAGUUUUUCCAGUGAAACUGGCAGUUCAUCUGCAAGUGAAGUAUUUCCUGCUGUGAUAUCACAACCUGGUCCUAGUAACACUGUAAUAAGAAAGCUUUCUACGAGAGGAAGAAAAAUAGGCAAACCUGUUGCACAACCUAGGCUAUCCAGAAUAGUAGGUAGGCCAGCAAAAUUUAUUAGAAGGUCAGUACAUCACUCCAGAACUACCAAUGCUGACAACAGACGUAGAGAGGAUGUAGAAAAUUGGCCGCCCAGCAGAGAUUCAACUUGAUUUGCCUCCUCAAUGUUCUAAACAAAACUAAUGUAAAGAGCCCAUUAAUAAAGAAAAGUGCUUGUAGAUGUUUUAUAAUUUACUGUAUUAGAGAAAGAAGAUAAAUGUGAAAAUUAUUGUUAAUGUUUUGCAUGUAUUUGUGAUCACAACAUUUAUAUGAAUAUUUUUGUAUGAGAGGUUUUAUUUUGUAAUUGUAUUGUGUACAGAUGUGCCUUAAUUCAAAUGAAAUGAACAUUGUGUGAUGCAGUGUAGACUGUACAAUAUUUUAUGUAUAUUUUCUGAAGCACACUGUCAAGAUAAGGUGUGAAUAAACUGUUACAUAAAA